CAACAUGGUCAAGACAUUAUUCCCUAUGCUGAAGGCUGCUGUGAAGAAAGAAAAGCCAGUAGUUGCCGUCAAAUUCCUGGCAAAAGCCAAUCAGUGGAUCUAUGAUAUCAUCAAAGAAGUUGAACAAAUAGUAGAAGACUACAAGAAACUCAACAUUGGGGUGGCGACUGUCACCAGCGAUGUUAUUUCCACCAAAGUAGAAACAGAGGACAAGAAGAAACAGCUGACCAAUGAAGAGAAGACCCUGCAGAAUGCUGUUGACGACUACAAUAGGAAGCUAAGUGUCAUCCAGUCAGAUCUGAAUAGGGUCAAUAUAAAAAUCAACGAUGCUGAUAGUGAGCUUCAUGAGUUGGUUAACGGCAUUGCCAGCAGAAACAAGAAGUUUGGCAUAGUGGCUGCUGUGGUUCCCUUCCUAGGAUUAAUCAUAAAUGCUAUCCAGAAGGGGGUCAAUACCGCUACUGAUAGUGCAGCCAUUGAGUUGGCCAAGAAUAAGAUGAAUCAGCUUCAUAAUGACAAGACCCUUUUGACUAAGAGAGAGUGGGAGGCCCAAACGGAGGUGAUGAAAUACCAGAUGCAGCUGACCAGAGCCAAAUUUGACCUGGGUUCUGUUCCUGAUCCUGUCCAUCUGGUUGAGGUUCAGUCCUGCCUGACCCGGAUCCAGAAGAUUCUGCUGCAACUCAAAAGCUUCUGGGAGAAGAUCGGAGUGAUGGUGACCAACCUGCAGCAGAAGACCUUUGCUGGGGAAGACCUGAUUGAUGUUCUCUCAGAAUUUAAGGAGGAGUUCUUGGAUUCCUUGCAAGUAGCUGAAGAGGCUUGGAAGACGUUUAGUGGGAGAUGCCAGAACGUCAUGGGCAUGUUUAGUGUCCAGUCGAAGGAUGCCUACAAGUUCUUGGAGACCAGCCCAUCAUCUCUCACCCAGGAAGAGUGGAAGGAAAUGUAUGAUGCUGUGGCAGCCAAACUGGAUUCCUUCUACCCUGCCCUCGAGGCCAAGCAGGCUAUUGAGGAUCAGAAGGCCAUUGAGGACCAGCAGGCUGCAGAAAGUAACUAAUGUUUGCAUCCACUGUCACCAGGUUAAAAUUAAAGGAGUUUUUUUUUGUCUUAUAUUGACAUUGGUGACAAGCAGGAUUUGUGGGCAUAAUUAGUAGUUCACAUGCUGUUAUGAGUAACUUUCCAUUAUUUGUUGAUCAUUGUUGAUUAUUGUGUUGUGCUUUUAUUAGAGCUCAUCAUCUACUAUGCUAACAGUAUAAUACCAAACUGGCUAUUGUUCACCUUUCUUCUUGGAGUAUACUAAUGUUGUGGGUAGCAGGCAGGUUUUAAGGCUUCUGGUCUGUUCAAAGACUUCAAUAGUUUAACUUUGUGCAG